AUGGCGCUGACAGUCGCCGGAGGCAAGGCCUUGUAUGAGGGAGGCCCGACGCAGAUGCGACGGAGGCUGCUUUCCGCCGCCAGCUGCGACAAGGACGACUUAGAUGAAUGGGAGAAGAAUGGCGGUGUGGCGCUGUACAUCUUCCUGGUGAUCUACUUGUUCCUCGGCAUCGCGAUCGUGUGCGACGACUUCUUCGUGGCCGCGCUCGAGCACAUCUCCGAGGCGCUGGGCCUCUCGGAGGACGUGGCGGGGGCAACCUUCAUGGCGGCGGGCUCCUCGGCGCCGGAGCUCUUCUCGUCGCUCGUCUCGCUGAUCAACCCGAGCACGAACAACGAGCUCGGCAUCGGCACCAUCGUCGGCUCGGCCGUCUUCAACGUGCUCGUGAUCAUCGGCGCCACGGCGGUGUUUUCCGGCCAGGUGCUGGAGCUCGACUGGCGCCCGAUCGCGCGCGACGCGGCCUUCUACAUCGUCAGCGUCGUCACGCUGAUCCUCUUCUUCCUCGACGAGAAGGUCUACUGGUGGGAGGGCCUCAUCGCGGUGUUCCUGUACUGUUCCUACGUUCUCUUCAUGCGGUUCAAUCAGCGGUACAUGGACGCGCUCGAGAGGUGGUUCCCCGCCGCGAUGAAGCACAUGGCGUCGCGCAAGGACGCGAGCAUCGAGCUCGCGGAGGCGAAGAAGGCGACCGAGGCCGGGGACGCUGCGGAGGGCGCCAGCGCGCACAAGGCGGGCGCGGCGGCGAACGGCGCGCCGGGCAACCUGGGCAUGGCCGCGGCGAAGUGGCACAUGAUCACGCGGAUGAAGGUGAUGUCGCCGAAGAACGCCGGCGAGGACUCGACCGACACUGCGCGCACUGACGCCGCGCUCCAGAAGACGGGCGACGAGAAUGGGACGAGCUCGCACCGCCCGGACGACGCGUUCGCGCACGCGAUCCGCGCGAUGGUCUCGCGCGGCCGCGCGGCGCAGGCGCACCUGCACCGCGUCGCCCUGCACAACAACCGCGCCAUCGCGCAGCACGUCAAGCAGCACGAGGCCUACAUGCGGCACUCCGUGACGAGCGCGAACGAGGCCGCGAUGGGCGGCCGCGAGGGCUCGUCCGGGUCCGGGAAGGUCGUGCCCGUCGACGGCGAAGGCAACCAGGCCACCCCGCGCGACGUGCACACGCACACGCACCCCGUCAACCCGGAGCUGGUCAACGAGGAGGACGAGGAGGAGAUCGACAACCCGUUCGAGGUGCCCGACGACUGGAAGGAGUGGCCGAUGUGGGUGCUGUCGCUGCCGUGGUACGCCAUGUUCGUGCUGACGAUCCCCGACUGUCGGAAGGCGAAAUGGGACAAGUGGUACGCUCUCACCUUCAUCAUGUCGAUUGCCUGGAUCGGCGGGAUCUCGUGGUUCAUGGUCGAGUGGGCCGCGAAGAUCGGGUGCAUCCUCGGCGUCCCGGACGUCGUCAUGGGCGUGACCGUGCUCGCCGCGGGCACCUCGGUGCCUGACGCGCUGUCGUCGAUCGUCGUCGCGCGGCAGGGCAUGGGCGACAUGGCGGUGGCGAACGCGAUCGGGUCGAACGUGUUCGACAUCUGGCUCGGCCUCGGCGCGCCGUGGUUCUUCGUCCUCGUCAUUCGGCAGGAGCCGCAGGAGAUUGAGAAAAAGGGCCUCUGGUGGAACGUCAUCAUCCUUCUCGGCGUCGUCUGCAUCUACCUCGCCUCCGUGACGUUCGACAAGUUCCGCCUCCGCCCCACCACGGGCUACGCGUUCAUGGCGUGCUACCUCGUCUACGCAGUGUAUCAGAUCGUGUGCGUCUGGUUGCUGGACAUCUACGGCCUCGAUGACGACUAG